UCUGUGCUUUUACCCUGUGCUGCGUCAAGUAGCGGCAAAACUGCGACGGUACAGGCUUGACCUUUACUCUAUAGUUAUCCGGCAACUAGAACGUCCUGGGAAUGGCAAGGUCCUCCCGCUUAAUUCUAAUCUUUUGUGUGCAGAGUGCCUUGAUUGUGGCGAUUAAUGUGGAGGCAGAUGGCAAACCCUGGAUUUCUUAAAAUUGCUACAUCGGUCAUUCACUCGUGCUCCUCGUUCAUCCAUCUCUUGGUGUCCCAACCGUGGCAGCAUAAAUACUCAUUGAUUCGUUUACAUCGCUCUAAACAUAUCAUGAUCCAAAGAUUUGAGUCCGAAGGGCAUGAGGAGCCCCCUACAGCCUUCGGCCUGAUCCUUGGUGGCGUAGGAAGAAAGCAUCACAGGAACAACUUGAACUCCGAGUCGACCGCUCAUCAAUCUUCGAAGCUUCAUCGACAGAGGACUACCAAUGGCGCUCCCACUCGACUUUUGGCCCACUUCACAAGUCGUGGCGAGCAUACUCGCGUUUAUCGCAUCGCUCGCUGGAUUAUCAGCCAGUUCUAUUCAUACUCGGUGUUUGGUUCGAAGACAGCACGUUUUUAUCCUCGAGGUUCCGUUUUGUAAUAGGGACGGGGGCUUUUCAGGCGAUGAGAAAAUCAAGCCCUUUUCAUCUGCACCACUUUCGAGUGACCAUGAACUCAUGGACUCAGCCAUGGAUGUGAAGUGCUUGUUGUACUAUUGCAAAAUAGACGUCAUCGACCUAGGGCAAAACGUAGGGCCGUUAUCUAUCGAGGUUCUACAAUGCAAUGAAUGCUUUCAUGUUGCUCUCACUAGAUUA